AUGGAAGAGGACUCAAAUAUUCCUCUGAUCUUGGGAAGACCCUUCUUAACUACUGGGAGAGCAUUGAUUGAUGUUUAUGAUGGAAAAAUGAUUCUUCGAGUGGACAAUGAGCAAGUCAUAUUCAACAUGUUCAAGGUAAUGAAACACCUAUUGACUUCCGACACUUGCUGCCAAGUUGAUGUUCUCGAAGAGCUUGUGGUAGAUACAUUUGAUAUGGAGCAUCACACAAAUCUUUGUGAGAUAGAACUUGUGCAAUUGGAAGCAACAAAUGCAGGAAAAGUUGAAUGUGUUGUCAACUUAGCCGAGCAACCCAUAGGAAGAAAGCAUUGGCAAUAUGAAUAUCUUGGUGACAACCCUUCUCCCCCGGUACCCUCAGUGGAAAAGGCACCCACUCUUGAACUAAAGCCCUUACCUUCCCAUCUUUGUUAUGCAUAUUUGGGAGAAUCUUCAACACUGCCAGUAAUCAUUGCAAAUGACAUGACAAGGGAAAAGGAGAAUAAAUUGUUGGAGGUACUUAGGCAGCACAAAAUGGCAAUUGGAUGGACAAUAGCUGAUAUAAGAAGGAUCAGUCCAACUCUUUGUAUGCACAAGAUUUUAAUGGAGGACGGGUCAAGGGCAUUAGUGGAAGGACAACGCCGACUAAAUCCAACUUUGAAAAAAGUCGUGCGAAAAGAAGUGCUGAAAUUACUGGAUGCGGAAAUAAUUUAUCCCAUAUCUGAUAGUUCGUGGGUGAGUCUUGUACAUGUUGUACCAAAAAAAGGUGGAAUCACAGUGGAGAAGAACGAGAACAACGAGCUGAUACCAACAUGGUUAGUGACAGGGUGGAGAGUAUGUAUAGAUUAUAGAAAGCUAAAUAAGGCAACCAGAAAGGACCAUUUUUCAUUGCCAUUUAUUGAUCAGAUGUUGGAAAGGUUGGCAAGACAUUCUCAUUAUUGCUUUCUAGACGGAUAUUCAGGGUACAAUCAAAUAGUAAUUGCUCCAGAAGACCAAGAGAAGACAACAUUCACAUGCCCUUAUGGAACAUUUGCAUUUAGAAGAAUGCCUUUUGGUUUAUGCAAUGCACUGGCAACCUUUCAACGAUGCAUGAUGGCCAUCUUUUCUGACAUGGUAGAAAAGUAUAUUGAGGUUUUUACGGACGAUUUUUCUGUGUUUGGAGAUUCCUUUGACGAUUGCUUGGAUCGGUUGGCUCUUGUAUUGCAAAGAUGUGAGGAAAAGAACCUUGUGUUUAAUUGGGAAAAAUGUCAUUUCAUGUGGUGGCAGUGCUACUACGCUAGCAAAACAUUGAAUGAUGCUCAGAUCAACUAUACAACAACUGAAAAGGAAAUGCUUGCAGUUGUGAUAAUUUGUAUAGACCAUGCAGCUCUGAAGUAUUUGUUUGAGAAGAAGGACGCGAAACCAAGGCUCAUUCACUGGGUGCUGUUACUACAAGAAUUUGACAUCGAGAUUCGUGAUAAAAAAGGAACAGAAAAUCAGUUACUGCAAGUAGAAAAAGCUUCGUGGUAUGCAGACAUUGUUAAUUACUUAGUCAGUGGCUAUAUGGAUCCAGAUCUCACCUAUCAGCAGAAGAAGAAGCUCAGUCAUAAAGUGAAAUUCUAUUACUGGGAUGAUCUAAACUUAUAUAGGAGAGUGGCAGACCAGAUCAUUAGGAGAUGUGUGCCUGGGGAUGAAAUGAAAUCGAUCCUUUCACGAGUACAUGCUUCGACUUAUGGAGGGCACUUUGGCCCCACUAAAACAGCAGCAAAGGUGCUCCAAUGUAGUUUCUUUUGGCCUACAUUGUUCAAGGACUGCCACAGUUUCUGUAGGUCAUGA